CAAUAAAACGAUGCAAAGCCCAAGAAAAUAAGCUAAAGAAAGCCCAACCCAAAUAAACCCUAAAACUGAAAAAACCCUAAUCUUCAUUUUGCAUAUAUAAGCAAACGCAAGAGCACAAGAGCAGUGUUAACGAAGAACGAAACCAUGUCGAAGAGAGGUCGUGGUGGUUCCGCCGGGAACAAGUUCCGUAUGUCACUGGGUCUACCAGUGGCGGCGACGGUGAACUGUGCUGAUAACACCGGAGCAAAGAAUCUGUACAUCAUCUCCGUGAAGGGAAUCAAGGGUAGGUUGAAUCGUCUUCCUUCAGCUUGUGCUGGUGACAUGGUGAUGGCUACUGUGAAGAAGGGAAAGCCUGAUCUCAGGAAGAAGGUUUUGCCAGCUGUCAUCGUUCGUCAGCGUAAGCCAUGGCGCCGAAAGGACGGUGUCUUCAUGUACUUUGAAGAUAAUGCUGGUGUUAUUGUGAAUCCUAAGGGAGAAAUGAAAGGUUCUGCUAUCACCGGUCCAAUUGCUAAGGAAUGUGCUGAUCUUUGGCCUAGGAUUGCAAGUGCUGCCAAUGCCAUUGUAUGAGCGUGGAUUCUGUUUCAAGAUUGCAAGUAGUGCCGAUGCCAUUGUGUGACAAUUUUAAUACAAGAGAUACUUAUCUUUAUGUUUUUAGGUUUUGCAAGAGAUUUUGUUUAUGCCUAAACUUUGUCACCAUUUUGUCUUUCCUUGAUUUAUGUUUAAGUAUCUUUUGGAUAUAUGAUAUUUGGUUGGAUUUAGAAUAUGAUUAACUUGGAUAACUACGUGUUUCUCUCA